UCGGUGGUGGUGAAGGGUCACGCUUUCAAAGCCCACCGCGCCGUUUUGGCCGCCAGCAGCUCCUAUUUCCGGGACCUUUUCAACAGCAGCAAAAGUUCGGUGGUGGAACUGCCUGCCGCCGUUCAACCCCAAUCCUUCCAGCAGAUCCUCAGCUUCUGUUACACCGGGAGGCUCAGCAUGAACGUGGGCGAUCAGUUCCUGCUGAUGUACACCGCCGGUUUCCUGCAGAUCCAGGAGAUCAUGGAGAAGGGCACCGAGUUCUUCCUGAAGGUCAGCUCGCCCAGCUGCGACUCGCAGGGGCUGCACGGGGAGGAAGCGCCGUCCUCGGAGCCGCAGAGCCCCGUCGCUCAGACCUCCUCGUGGUCCUCCGGCGGCGGCGGUGGGGCGGCCGCCGCUCUGCCUUUGGUGUCGAGGGUGAAAACGGAGCAGGGGGAACCCGACGGGGUGCAGUGCACCAUCGUGGUCAAAAGGCUGUGGGACGGCGGCUCCAAGGACGGGGGGAACGGCAGCAGGAAGAUGGCCAAGUUCUCCACCCCCAAAAGCGGGAGGCAGCAGCAGCAGCAGCAGCAGGGAGCGGGGCUGACGGCCGGCACCGCGGACCAAACCAGCCCAGGCGGAACCUCCAGCGCCUACACCAGCGACAGCCCCGGCUCCUUCCACAACGAGGAGGACGAGGAGGAGGACGGAGGGGAGGAAGGCUCGGACGAGCAGUACCGCCAGAUCUGCAAUAUGUACGCCAUGUACAGCAGGAUGAACGUGGGGCCAGCGGUUGGGUGGGGCAAGCCCAGCAGGGGGCGUGGUGAUGGGUGGACACGCCCAUUUGGGUGGGGUCGAGAUGAAGCCCCGCCCACUUUGACGGGCAUCCGAUGGCAGUGUGGCCACUUGCAUUGGGAGGGGCCAAUCCGAAGCUCCACCCACUGGGUGUCAUCAGGGAGGUUCUAUUGGCUGGAGUUGGCCACGCCCACUGGGUGA